ACCCAGUUCACAACAUUGCUGUGUGCCGUUGUGUGUUGUGUCGGCAAGGUACAACUCGGCUGUAAGCUUUCAUUCAUUUCCAGUGGAAGAAGGUCUUAGGAAAAAGUGGAUCGUUCAGAUCAGGAGGGAUGACUUCCAAGUAACAAAAAACACAAAAGUGUGUAGCGUUCAUUUCAGAGCGGAUGACUUUAUGGAAGGGACUCGUCUGAGAUGUCUCAGAAAAGGUGUUUUCCCUACUCUGUUUGAGUGGAACCACUUCCAGGAGCAGCCGCCGAGGCUGAGUGUUUGGGAACGUCGAGAGAGACCGCUGACCCCUGAUCCUGACUCGGACGUAGACGAAGUUAUGGACUUUGAUGUGGAGAGGACUGGGCAUGAUUACUGUUCGGUACCCGAAGCUGCAGCUGUGGACAUGGUGCUACAUGAAAACUCGGAGUUAAAGAGUCAGGUUGAAGACCUACGGAAGCAAUUGGCGCAGUCAAAGAUCAUACACCGCUUUGGUCUUCAGCGAUUUGCUGGGUCCGAUGACGACAUACGCUUUUAUACAAGAUUUGCAACAUAUAACCACCUGAUGGCCUUCUGGAAGCUGAUUGAGCCGGCAACUCACAGGAUGAUUCGGUCAAAUUCCAAAGUUUUCAAGGAGCCUGGAAACACUCGGGCACUUCCUGCAGUCGAUGAGCUCUUCAUGUUCUUGGUAUAUCUCUCCUUAGGCCUCAAGCAAAAGGACCUUGGUCAUCGUUUUCAAGUACAUCAGACCACCGUAAGCCGCAUCAUAACAACUUGGGUCAACUUCCUGUACUUUGUCCUAGGGUCAGUGUGCAUUUGGAUGCCGAAAGAGCAAGUACGAGCCCAUCUGCCAGAAGAAUUUCAUAAAUUUCGAGACACACAAGUUAUUCUAGACUGUACAGAGAUCCGCUGCCAAACACCUUCCUCUUUGCUACUGCAAAGUGAGGUCUUUUCAAAUUAUAAGUCGCACUGCACCUUCAAAGCUUUAAUCGGAAUGGCACCUCAUGGUGCAAUAACAUUUGUGAGUGCACUUUAUGCAGGGUCUAUUAGUGACCGGGAGCUGUUCAAACAGUCAGGGAUCAUUGACCUUCUUACCCCCGACAUGGCCAUCAUGGUGGAUAAGGGCUUCUUAAUUGAUAGACUAGUGCCAUGCAAAAUCCACCGACCUGUUUUCUUGACUAAGGGGAAACAAAUGUCAGUUGAUGAAGUGACACACACUCAGUCUGUGGCUAGGCUCAGGGUACAUGUUGAGCGUCUUAUCCGUCGAGUUAAGGAGCACAAGUUGUUUGACACAGUCAUCCCCAUGUCCAUUUCUGGUAGCAUAAACCAACUGUUCACAGUGGCAUGUUUGCUUGUGAACUACCAAUGUGGACCACUUGUUAAGGCAUGGAGCCACUGAGUACACACUCUGUUCUGUGUUCAUACCUCUAAUCAACAGAAAGACAGUGAUUCCUUACACACAUUUUAUUAUAAUUUCACACGAUACACAACACAAAAAACUAUAAGAAUCUAAAUAUAUGUAUAUACAUGUGUUGUAAUAUAAUGUAAAUAAUUCUGAAUAUUUCAA